UCUCAGUUCCAAAGCUAUGGCGCAUGGGAAGAGGAAUUAAAAUUCCAAUUAGAGUGAGGCAGAUGAAGCUUUUUGUGCAAAAUAAAAGUUGUGCAAAUAAAAGUGUAAAUAAAAACAAAGCAUUGAAUAAUUCCGCUGGACAAAUUUGAAAUAGUUAAAUAAACUUAACAGCGACUGCAAAUGUGCAUUUAAUAAUCCAAAACGUUUUGGAGUACACAACGCAAUGAGUUGUGGAAGACAGCCGACAAGUGAUUUCAAUUAAAAGAUAAACUGGAUUUGCUUUAGCAGUAAAGAGAAGGUGAAGGUGGAAGAAGGUGGCGGCGCCAAUCGAGCCAACAGGAGUACUCAAGUAAAGCGGUAGGAGGUGCAUGAAGAUCGAGCGGUGCUCGCACUGGCCGGUUUGCUGUUUUGUUGUUCGUUGCUCGUUGCUCGGUUUUUUCUUGGCGGUACGUGUUUGAUUUUGGGGAUUUCUGCGCUCAGUGGUUGUUUGGUCUUACCUCUUUGUUCAACGUUAGUUGCGCGGCAAGAAAAUCGUUGUGCCAGUAAAAAACCGAGUUAACACGCAAUGGCAAUGGAUUUAUUGUUUGCAGUGCUUGAUUCAGUGGGCACAGGUAAAAUCUUUAUGGCUGCAAAUAAGAAAAUAACGAAAGUUUUAACGAAAAUAACAACAACAGAGAUAACUACGUGAGUGGUUCGGUCUUGGUAGACGGUCUGGUAGCUUGCCUGAUUGCCUGCCUUCGUGCUGCUUGGGUGAUUCAGUCUCGAGUUUGAGACUUGUAAAAGCUGCAAUAGUGCCAAAGCACUACGGGCAACAUCAACGGCAAUAAUACAACAACCUAUAACGCUGGCGAUGAAAAAGACGAGCGCAUAGGCGGCAUCAUCAACGAGGGUAAAAUAAGCAGAAAAGCGCACGGGCGAAUUAAAAAAUCGUGGUUAUACAUAUUGAUGUUUUGUCCGCUGUCGAUCGAAUGAAGAGAAUUCUUGCACGACAAUUGACUGCCUGCAUAGUAGUAACGAAUUGACUAGACGUGGGAAAAAUUAAGUGUAUCCAAAAUGGAAAUUCUCAUGAAAUUAAAAUGUUCAACGACUGCGCCGGCGCACGGUAAUAGCAGCACACACUCUACGCUCAAAGUCGUUGACCAUCAUCAUCAACUAACGCAACAACAUGCUGCUUUACAACCACCACCGACAACAGCACCACCUUCACUCGUCCGUCUGCCUUCGCAAGCAAACAUUAAUUUUAACUCUCCAUCAUCACUGCCUCCAAUUGCUCUGCAUUCAAUGCCUCGUAUGCCAACAUCAAGACCAUGUAUGAAUUAUUCAAAGUCUCUGGAUUGUUGCAAUGCCGCUGCUGUUCAACAGGAAGUCGAAAUAUUUGAUUUGCAAUGGGACCAGCAGGGAAGUCGCGGCGUUACAUACGAAGUCGCAAUGCAACGGCCACCGAGCUGUUGCACAAACAUUACUGGAAGUAAUUUAUGUGAAUCCCCUGCCUGUUGCACUGGCCCUUGUACUCUACCGGCAUAUAGUACACCACCGACAAUAUCUCAAUCCGCGGCUACGACCCCACUAUCUCAACCCCCGCCUUUACAACAAGCUCCUUCUCUUCAUCCCCCGCCUUUGCUAUAUCCCAUGGCGUCUUCCGAAGAAACGUUUGAAAUGAAUGCAGUUGGAGAUAUAAAUACGCACUACGAAUACCAGGAGCCAGAAGAGAACUUUAUUUCGAUAGAAGAUACGAAAAUUAAGGGCCUUCUGAUGAAAAUUGGUCGUGAAUGUGGUUUAGAGAAGAGGAGAAGUAGCCAAUGUAAAAAUAAGUUGGCGAGUAAAGAAAAAGAGCAGAAGGUCUUUUUUGAGAUUAUAGAUUUGGAUGAUGAAGAUGACCGUGAAGAAUUACGGCAAAUAAGAAAUCAAAUGGAAAAUUCCACGCAAAAAAUGCACAACCAAAACAAUCUCCAGCAAGUUGGCUUAUCUGUAAUAACUGGAUCUGCUGGAGGGGGUGAAAAACAUAAACAAAGAAUUAAAUCUCCCAGUAUUAGUCUCAUUCCAAAAAGUCCUUCGCCCAUGUUAAGGGAAGAAGCAACAUUGCAUCAGAAGAAUAUUGAACCCACCAAGGAACGUAUAAUUGCACAUAUUGAUCUAUCUGAUAGCAGCGAUUCGGAAGCGGAACAAUGUAAUAAGCCUGCUGAAAACGUGGAUAAUUCAGAAAACCAAGUGGAUGUAGAUGCUUUUGAUACUGACGACGAAGAUGAGUUAACUUUCGCGGCUGCGGCCGUAAGUUGUGAGCUGAAAUGCGAUGAUGACGAAAAUGCUGACGCUGAAGAUGUGAAUGAAAAUGCAAUGGCGAAUGCGAAUAUUUCAAACGACGAUGUUGUCAUUCUUAAUUCAGAUGAUGAAAAUGUCGAAUUCAUCGAUAAACAUGAGAAAGGAUUAGAGUUGCAUUGGGACGACCUAGAUAGACGAGAAAAAGGUCGACAAUAUUUCGAAUGCUAUUUGUGUGGGAAAAAAGUGCAAUCAAGUUACAAUUUGAGGAGGCACAUGAUGAUACAUACAGGCGAACGUCCAUUUGGCUGUGACAUGUGCGAUCGACGGUUUCGUGAGUUUAGUGAUUUAAAGAAGCAUCGCCGCCGUCACUCAAACGAAGCUAAUUUCGUUUGCAUGGUGUGCCGCUCGAAACCACCCAUGCUGCAGGACCCGACGCGCUGCAAUGACUGCGAUUCAAAGACAAGUGCAAUAACAGCAGCAAUGCGUACACAGCUUUCGUCAUCUGCUCCUCCCUCACCAGAAAAACGACAAACACCACCAUUACCAACACCGCCUCCACCACCACCUCCACCACAACUUACUAAAAAACCAUUACAACCAACUGGGCGCUUACGUGAUACUCCGGCAGCAACCACAGUCACUUCUACUGCAACGAGUAGCAGUAGUAAUGUAAAAACAUUGUCAAAGCCUACAUCACAGCCUACCACUUAUGCCGUUUCUCCCAAGCAUCCCAGUCCAACACCUUUACUCAACUCAGACAUGCCGUCGUUGGUGCCCAUAAAUGCACCGAUUACUGUUAACAAGACAGUCACAACUAGCGCACAGCUACUACUCGAUAAUAUUCCGGUCGUUCACCGACCCAACUACAAUCAGCUAGGUGUUAUAACACGCAAGGAAUUUCCCUGCCCAUUGUGCCAGCGCCCAUUCGGCACACGUCACAACCUUAAGCGCCACUUUAUGAUACACACCGGCGAAAAACCAUUUUCUUGUAAUAAAUGCCGCAAACCGUUUCGAGAAUACUCAACUCUAAAGAAGCACAUGGUGACGCAUCAACGUGAUCGAUAUUAUAAAUGCCUUCAUUGUCCGCGGAAGUAUCGUGACUACUUGGACUAUAGCGAGCACAAGAAAACGCACGCAAAUGAAGACGACGAUGAUGACGAUGACGAUAUAAAUUUUGAUCAGCAACAUUUGAGCUCAUCCAGCAGCACGUCCAGUCCCCAAAAAAGAGCAAAAACGCGCUAUGAUAGUAGCUAUGACUCAAAUGAGGAGGAUUCGUCUACAGAAGAUUGGCUUGAGUGUUGUGAGUGUAAGCACCGUUUCACGGAAAUCGAGGCAUACACAAAACAUUUGAAGGAACACGAUCCUUCAGUGUACCUCUAUGAAUGCUAUAUUUGUAAAAAGACUUUUGAGCAGCGUGAUGAACUGGUCGAGCACGUGAGUGCGUGCAAGGAAGAGCUGCGCGAAACGGCAUUACAACGAGCAACGUGCUUCAAUUAGAAAUGUAAACUCUUCCGCAAGUUAAAUUAUUAUUAUGUUAUAUACAUACAAAUCGCCCAUCUAAAAAAAAAAUUUAAAUUUAAUUUUUUUAGUGAAAUUUGUCAAAAUGAAAUAAUAAAUAAGCAAAAUUUGGGCCGUAAAAGUACUUAAGCUUUUCACAAUUUGUUGUAAUUACCACUUAAUGUUGCUUAGCUAAAAUAGUUCUCGUUUUUCACAACGUUUCCCAGUGACAUUCCAUUCUAAUAUUUAAGGUCAUAGUUUGAUUAUAUGUGCGUACAUGCCUUUGUAUGUUUGUACAGUUUGUUGGUAACAAAAUGAUAUUCCAGAGAAUUAGAAAGUAAAAGUAUUAUGAGAUUAGAUAAGUAAGUUGUAAAAAAAACUUAUAUUGAAGAUAUUACUAUUUUUAGCGCUGUCAUUGAGUAUUUCUGUGUACUUUUGGUAAAACAACCUAUUUAUACUUUGCGCUUUCUGCCUGCAGAAGACGCCUUUUUACUGAGGUUUAUUUCACGUCUAUUGUUAAAGAAUUCUUUAUAGCAAUAAAAACUCGCUGCACCUCGAAGCGAAAGCUGUAAAAGUGAAAUAGUUUGUGAUGCCAAAAGUAUAUUUGUAAAACCCUAUGCAUUUUACACCCUUUUAGUGCAAUACACCCAGUAGCUACUUAGGCACUUUUUUUUCUAGCCCUUAUUAUUUAUAUAUGCAAUAUUACAUAAUCGAAAGGAAUUCCUCAAUUAUUUCCAUGUUCCUACAAUGCUUUCCGCAAUAUUGUCUCGAUAAACUGUCUCGAACGCUUAUGCUUUAAAAUGGUAUAUUGAUUGAUGUUUGCAAAACAUUUGUGAUUCUGAAAAUGUGUUUUACCCUUUUGGUCUUUAAUUUUUUUAAGCUUUAAGUUAUAUUCAUACAUAUAUUUAUACGCA